UGCAACCUGGUUAUUUCAGCACAGCGACGGCAGAGUCCUCAAACACACACGCACUCUCACGCACACACACACGGGCAGAAAAGAGGAAGGCUCAAGAAACGGAGACCAAAUGAGCAGUUACAUAGUGCCGACUGGCUGCCUAGUUUGACAGGACUAGCUCUCUCUCUCUCUCUCUCUCUCUCUCUCAUUCUCACUCUCUCACGCUCUCUCUCUCUCUCUCUCUCUCUCUCUCAGUUUCUCCCUCUGCCUUCUUUCAUUUAUUUUCUUAUAUUGGCUUUCUCUCUCUCUCUCUCUCUCUCUCUCCCUCUUCUUUGGACUGAGAGGUAGAGAGUGCAGGAAGACCCAGCGAAGGCAGAAAGCAGCAACAGCAGCAGAAGCGUCUCCCCUCUCUCAAGCCCCAGAAGGAGCCAAUGGUCAUGGUGAAGGAGAAAGUGGCCCAUCCUCAGGAAGCCCACCGGCCCCCAGAGAAACUGGUCAUCCAGUGUUACAAAUGUGGGGAGCCAUGUAAGGGGGAGGUGCUGCGUGUGCAGAGCAAGCAUUUCCACAUCAAGUGCUUCACCUGCAAAGUGUGUGGAUGUGACCUGGCCCAAGGUGGUUUCUUUAUGAAGAACGGCGAGUAUCUGUGCACACUGGACUACCAAAGGCUGCAUGGAACAUGCUGCCAUGGAUGUGGGAACUUUGUUGAAGGGGAGGUAGUGACGGCCCUCGGGAAGACCUACCACCCCUCGUGCUUCGUUUGCACUAUCUGCAAACGGCCAUUUCCUGCCGGAGACCGCGUCACCUUCAAUGGAAAGGACUGUCUCUGCCAGCGCUGCAUCCAGCCAAUGUCUCCUCCUCCCAAAGACAUCAGUGCUUCCACCAACUGUGCAGGUUGUGGCAGGGACAUUAAAAAUGGACAGGCUCUGCUAGCUUUGGACAGACAGUGGCAUCUCGGUUGCUUCAAGUGCAAGGUCUGCGGCAAAGUGCUGAGUGGCGAGUACAUCAGCAAGGAUGGUGCACCAUACUGUGAGAGAGACUACCAGAUCCACUUUGGGGUGCAGUGUGAAGCCUGUCAUCAGUACAUAACAGGGAGGGUUCUGGAGGCAGGCGAUAAACAUUACCAUCCCAGCUGUGCACGAUGCAGCCGGUGCAACCAGAUGUUCACAGAGGGGGAGGAGAUGUACCUGCAAGGCUCUACAGUGUGGCAUCCAGACUGUAAGAGCAACAUCAAAGUAGAAGAGAAGUACAGGGAAGCACGACAGCGACCUGGCAGAAAGCCCCGCCCUUUCGAUAUCUUUUUGCCCCAGUCUAAGUGUGAGUCUCAGUGUAAGACGAAGGGCCGGGGUGGCUCUGCUCGAGGCGUGCGUCCCCUGCGCAGGACGGAGCUUCUCCCUCCCUCUGUAACCUCACUGCACCAAUCAGAAAGGCAGCCCACAAGGUCUUCGUCGGAGAGUAUCUGUUCUCGGCCGGGUUCCAGCAUCCCUGGCUCACCUGGUCACACCAUCUAUGCAAAAGUAGACAAUGAGAUCAUUGAUUACAAGGACCUAGCAGCCAUCCCCAGAGUCAAGGCCAUUUAUGACAUAGAGCGUCCAGACAUGAUAUCCUACGAGUCUCUGCACUCCACCUCCUCUACCCUGGAGAGACAGGGCAGACACAGCCCUGGAGAGUGCCAGAGUACUACAGGUGACCAAUCCCCCAUCAGAGGCCAUAUUAAAACCAUGCCACAAGACCCUUCCCCCAUGUCAGCCGAGACUUCACCAAGAACCCUGUCUCCCACCCCGUCUGCUGAGGGCUGUUAUGACAUUCGAGAGCGCAUCAUGCAACGAUCCACCAGCCAGGGCUCCAUCGGCUCGCCGAUGUACAGCAGACACAACUACACACCUACACUGUCUAAGACACCGCAGCACUUCCACAGACCAGGAAUGCUGAAGCUCUGCUCCUCUUUGCGCUCUAGCAACAGUGACAACCGUCCCACUUCCCCUUUCCGACAUCACUUCCUCCCCCAUAACAAAGAUUCUUUCUGCAUAGGCACUGAGCCGUCGAGUGGCCGGAGUUCUCCCCUGUCCUCUCGCUCGGCCACCCCGACCCUCUGUCUGACCCCUAAACAUUUCCACAUCCCAGACCAAGGCAUGAACAUGUACAGAAAGCCGCCAAUCUACAAACAACAUGAUUCAGCUGCCCUCGCAGCCCAGAGCAAGUUUGCUGGUGACAUCAUCAAAUCUUCCAAGUUCCCUGCUGCUCAAGCGCCCCAGCCGGAUGAAACAGCAAAGAUUGAGACUGACUACUGGCCGUGUCCUCCCUCCCUUGCAGCCCUAGGUUCAGAUAUGAGGAGUCGCUCGCGAGAUGAAGAAGAGGAGGAACAAGUGAAACGAAGACAGCUCCAAGAAGAUCAUCUUAGCAAGAUCCAGUCUGGUCUUGGGAAGCUGAUUUUGAAGGAAGAGAUGGAGAGGGAAAUGAACAGAGAGAGAUAUGCUCGCAGUGUGGCCGCCCAGCGGUACGAGCCUCAGCACUCCAACUACACAGCAGAUCCCAACUCUCCCACGUCUAAAACCUCUUCACUGCCAGGAUAUGGACGCAACGGCCUUCUUCGGUCAACAGAAUUCUCUCAGUAUAACAGUUACGGCGAUGUGUGUGGAGGUCAGAGAGAUUUCAAGGUACGUGAAUGAUACAGACUAUAACCUGAUCAGCUGCACUGAGCAUGUGCGUCAGCCAUCAUGUACAUGCGAAUGUGGAAUCAUGCGCCAUGUGACACCCUGCUGCGCUUAUGCCUGAGUUACAAACAGC